AUGGUCGAGUUAGUCGAGCAUGCCACAAUUGUCGCCAACAGAAGAACAAAUGUUCUGGUCAUCGACCUUCUUGCCUCCGGUGCGAGGAGGCCAAUGUGCUUUGUGUCUACGUCGACGGGAAACGAGAGAGAAACGCUAGCCAUAACGAACCAACUUCAACAAUACGAAUCUCUUGUGCGCGAUAUUUAUCCCAAAUUCGACACCGAGCUGGCCAAAACCGUCGACCAAGCUCUCGCAAAAAUAGCUAGUCUUUCCCCGUCAUCGCCGACCGUCGCCAAAGUACCAGAUGAGACAGACUCGUCGACCCCAACAAUUUCUUACAUGGAUUACACCCUGGAGGACUUUAAUGGGGACGCUUCACUGCAAGCGAUUGGCUUUGUAGGAGAACAUUCGGCAAUCGCAUGGUUAUACAGGCUUAGGUGCUUGAUCGGUCAGAGUUCCAACUCGGACGGCCUAUCCGAGGAAACAACCCGUCCCUCAGUUUCGUCCUGUGGAUUCUUCAUGGAUGAUGCCGGAAUCCCGCCAAUAAACGACCUAGAUGUGUUCGCAUAUCCCCCACAAGCGGUCGCCGAUGAACUGGUGGACCGAUACUUCCAAGUCGCGCACGCCUCCUUUCCCGUCCUCGGCAAAGAAAUUUUCCUAAGCCAAUGUCGCUCAUUCUAUUCGAACUCAACGACGCAUCCUGGAAACAAAUGGAUGGCGUUAUUGAAUAUGGUGUUUGCGAUCGCUGCAAGACAUUCUGAGCUUUCCGGAGACCAACCUCAGCUGGAUCAAAAUAACCACACGGUAUACUUUGCCCGUGCCUGGCGGUUGAGCAUGGGCGAGAGUGCGCUCUUGGAUAAUCCCAACCUGCAGCAGACUCAGGUAGAGGGGCUAACCUCACUUUACCUGCUUUCCAUCGGACAGGCUAAUAGGGCAUGGAGAAUAUGUGGUAUUGCAAUUCAGUCGGCGAUCGCGAUGGGAAUCCACCUUCGUAGCGAAAGCCCCAGAUUCACACACGUGUCCAAAGAAACCAGAUACCGGCUAUGGUGGGCCCUGUACAUGUUGGACAUCCUACUCUGUGUGAUGACUGGACGCAUGCCCAGAAUUCAGCAGGAACACUGCACGACCCCUUUGCCGGUGCCUUACAAGGAGGAAGACUUCCGAGAUGAGCAUGUAACGAGGCUUAUCAUGGACAAUCAAUCCAGAGCCCGCCUCAUGGCUUCUCUACUCUCCUUCGAUCCCUCAGUUGAACCGAACGACCGUUUAUCUAUUCCGGCUUCUCCACAGUCCACGCCUCAACGGGAAUCACCGAGCCACCAGCUCCAAGCUAACGUCUCAUUAUACUUACUUUAUUCCCUUGACUUGGCAGCUGUGAUGAGACAAGCAAUUGAGAUCUUGUAUUCUCCCGGGGCGGGACGAAAAUCACGGAAUGACACCGAAUUGGCCAUGACAUCGCUCAACAGCGCCGCUGACAACUGGUUUGCUCGACUGCCUGCGACUUAUCAGUUCACCGAAACCAGAGUUGACCGAUCCUUUAUCCGUCAGCGGACGAGUUUGGCCUUUCAAUACUAUUCGACCAAACUUGUCAUUUCGCAACCUGCCCUUCGUUCUCAUAUCAGCGGUGAAGACUUCACCGCGAGUCUUGAUACUCCAAUGGCAAUGAUGUGUGUCAAUUCAGCAGGUCAAAUGCUUGAUCUCUUACCCAAUGAGCCAAACCUCUCCUGCCUCUUGGGUUGCUCACCUUGGUGGUCUGCUCUCCACUACCUCACGCAGAGCACUACGGUGCUCAUAACACAGUUGCUCACCCAGAAUCACAUGGGUGUCAGCGAAAGAAAUGAGUUAGUCGAAAGAGUCCAAAAAGCUCUGCAAUGGUUGAGGGAGUGUUCCACCAAGGAUCCAUCUUUCAAGCGGGCUUGGAGUAACUUUACGGAGCUCCUGUCAUCCCAAGGAUCCGAAAUUUUAAAAUAA